AUGUCAUUAUAUUUCAGUUUACAUAAGAAGAGGGAAAUAAUAGAGAAGCAUAGAGAAGACAUCAUGCAGCAAACAAUGUCUUCCAAUAAUCAGUCAUUUAAUAGAAAGAGGCUGUAUGGGAAUGAUUACCCAAACCAAAAUUUCAUCCCAUUUGGGACCAACCAACAUGCUACUACUCAAAAUUUUGCUUUACUAUAUGACGAUGGUCCAGGCCCUAGCUACAACCAUGGCAGCCCUACUCCGAACAAGAAACGUCGAAAAAGAAAUACAUGGGGAUCAGAUGGGGUCAACACUAACCAGAAUCCUGGUAAACAGCAAUAUGUACCUUUCGCGGGUCCAAAGGGUCCGCCGAAGCCUCUAAUGGGUCUAUCAUUUGCCGGCCGCCGUAUGCCCCGUAAAGAUUUCACACCAAACAAAGUGCCUAUGUCAGUUCACACAAAGACAAAUCUAGAGCCAGUCCCUGCGGCUACAGUCAAAAGGUCUGUCCAGCCAGCCUACACAUCCGAAAUGCACAUUCUGCGCGCCGAUAGGGUGCCCUGUCAGCAAACGACUGGUCGUUUAGAGCUUGCCCUUGGAGCUAUUUUGAAGGAAAUGAAAGCAAAAUUCUGUACAGUAAAAGAGACUGGCGCACUCUUCAAUUCAAAAACCACUCAGCGUUACAUAAAGCAAUGUAUCCGUGAAAGGAUAAAGGCUGUCAUGCUAAACAAGUAUGUUGGGAAAUAUAUUGAAGUUGUAGCAAGCUAUCGUGAAUCAUAUCCGCCGCAUACUGACAAGGAUUUAAUGGAUAUGGCUGUAAUGAAAGCAGGCGCCUCAGAAACAAUUAUAAAAUACAACUUCAACAAGAUGUUGACUAAAAAACUAGAGGAGAUGUUCAAAAAGUUAAAAAAACAAAGUGAGGGUAAAGAAAUUGAAGUCCUCAAAAUCAUUGAAGCGCAUAAAACUAUUAAAUGCGGCGAAAAGUCGGAAGCAGAUAUCAAACAAUCUUGCAAAAUAGAAAGAAAUUUUUAUAUAUCAAUUGUAGACUCCUUGCUUGAAGAAAGAUUACCAAAACUUUUACCAAAUUAUGCCUCGUUGCUGUUAAAAAUUUUACAAAAUGAGUCAGAUUCAUGCAAAAAGAAUCAAGAUCAUGACAAUACCACAAUUGAAAUUCGUGACAGUGAUGGGGAUGAAGAUGUGUUGGGGGUAAAGGCCGAAACCGACAAAGAAGUGGAAAAUGGGGUGAUUCUGCAAACAGCGACAGCUGAUACUAUACCAGUGAAUGAAUUGACAGAAAUAAAGAAUAGUGAAGAAUCACCUGAAGGUGAAUCUAAUACAGACAAUACAGAUGCUGUUGAAAAGGUUGAUAGUGUUAAUAAUACAGUUGUUAAAGAGGAAGUCCAGACUGACAUUGCAACGGUUAAAGAAAAGACUGAUAAUUCCAUAGUUGAGAGUAAAUCAGGUGAUAGUAUAGUUGAGGGUAUAACAAAGAAUACUGAAUCGCAUCAGCAGUCACAGGAAAUAGGCACUUCUAAUUCAUCAUCAUACUUAGUAAAGGUGCUUUGUCAACCCAAGUUACCGAGCAAAGCUGCAGCGUAUAAAUUCCUAAAUAAGUUUAAUGCGGUCAGUGUGAAAAAGCAUAAAACUAUCCAUAACCUACUGGUGGUGGAAUUGAAAAAUGAUAAGGAUUUCAAUGAUAUUACAGCAGCAAGUGGCACUGUCAUUGAAAACUCGAAGCUCAUCAUUAAGGGUAAUAAAACGGAACAGCCAGUUGGGUCACCGGCGCCGGCGGUCGAAGCAGAAAAAGAAAUGAAAGAUGAAAAAGAAUACUCCAAGGGGUCGAACAUAAUACCGCCGGAACUGGAAAACCAGAUAACCGACCUCCUCUCAUCAAUACGAAAAGCUGAAGAGCUACAAAGGGAGCAAGAUGGAGUCAAGGACGAAGAGCCCCAAGCGGACGUCGCUGUGGACGAAGGAAAAGUGCCAACAGCAAUGAACAACGGAACAAAGGAAGAGGACAAAGUGGCCGAUAAGAACCUGUACUCGCCAAGUAAUCCGUUCGACGAAGAAUCAGCAGAGCUGGAAACAAUCAAAGAGGCUGCGGGGGAGAGGGAGGGCAACGAAGAAUCAGCGGAGCUGGAAACAAUCAAAGAGGCUGCGGGGGAGGGGGAGGGCAACGAAGAAUCAGCGGAGCUGGAAACAAUCAAAGAUUCUGCGGGGGAGCGGGAGGGCGACCCACCAGUGACAAGUGUCGAGCCUGAUGCCCUAUCAAUGCAGGGUGAGGGAACCAAUAAAGAACCUAAGAGCAACAUCAAAGACGGUAGAAGCACUCCGGUGAGGUCCUCAUCCCGUCUGGCUAACGCCACCCCAAGUACUAUAAGGACAAGACGAGCCAGCCGGCUAGCGCAAAACAAU